GCAGAGUGGAGCAAAGGUCUCUAGCGGAAACGGAAAUCAGCAGCUAAUCAGAAAAAAAUGAACAAAGAGUUUAUCACGCAGGGCGGCACGCCCAUUACCGUCGAUUUGGCCACGGAUCUACGCAAUCUGGUUUUCGGCACCGCCGCCAUUCCCAUGCGCGCCGAAUGGCUGCAGACGUCCUUUGUGUUUGGGGCUCCCAAGGAGGAGCUGGCCUACGGCCUCCGUUCGCCCCGGAAUGCCACCCGCGGCCUGCUAUCCGUCGUCCAGGGAUUCGUCUUGAAGUAUUUGCUCUUUGCCCGGAAGACCAGUCGCGUCGCUUCGCUCACCGACCCGCUCCUGGCCACCGCCGAGAUGCAACGCGAGGCCUUGUUCUGCGCCCUCUUGGAGAUCCUGCGCACCAUCUCGGACAAGGGCAAGGUCACCAUAGUGCUCCCUUCCGAGGACGAGGUCUUCGUGGACCACAGUGCCUGCUACUUUCACGAUUCCGUCACUGAGAAGCUCUAUGUUUUUACCCUUUCACCCAAUGAGGAGUUGGAAUACUUUUUGAAGCGAAAUUUCAAAUACUUUACAGAGGAGGAGACCCCGGGCACCCUGCUGUUUCUUUAUAGCGCCGUCCUCACGCGAUCCAUGGGAAAAGUUCGCACGGACUUGGAUUCGGCAAAAUCCGCACCCUUGACGUCGAGCAAUCACGAGGAGGGAUCCCUGAUGAUUGUCACCCUUUUGCUGACGGGCCGUGCCACGCCCUAUAUACACAAUGGUGUUGUAAAUGUGGGCGACGAGAGUAGCUAUGCGGUUCCACAAUACGGAGUCUUGAAACGCUGCAUGAUUGGACUUCUGCUCUGGGACAUCGAGUCAGCUAGUGCUGCGGUUAAUCAAUCUCGGCAGCCGGGCUCUCGCCUGAAGACGCCUAACUACCCCAUCUGGAUAACCAGCUGCACGGGGCACUACGGCGUGAUCUUCAACAAGAAUCCGGACCUGCUGCGCAACUAUCAUGCGGAAUCGCGGUUCGAUGUGAACUACUACAGCUGCUCGGGCCACCAGAUCCUGAUGACCAUCGACAAUCGCACGUACAACGAGCAGGCAUUGGUCAUGUUGGAGCGGCAACCAAUCACGCCGGAGAGUACCUCGAUGUCCGGAAAGGAUGAGGGCGGGGGCGCAACGUCGCCGACUGCCGUUUCCGGAGGAGGAGGUGCUGCUGCCGGCGGCGGUGUGGGUGGCGCUAGCGGCGGUGUUGGUGGUGCUGCUAGUGGCGCUAGCGGUGGUAACGAUGUGGUCGCCAAGGAGGAGUCGACGCUCAACACCCCGUUGCAGCGUCUGAUUCAUACCAAGUGGGAAGAGGCAACUAUAAGCUUUCACGUGCAGCCAUCGAUGUUGAGUUAUCUUUUUAGUACCACGCAGUAGAGUGCAGGAUCGAGAUCCAGGGGAACUAGUCAGAUAAAAUGUAGGAGCUCCUUUGCUAAAGUCAGACCGAUUCACAUUCAAGCGCAAGAGAUAUCAUCAAGAAUUAGUUAUAUCCGGAAAAGGUUUCGGGUUUUGUUUCAUUCAUAGGGAAAUUAUCAUGAAAGGUUUAGUUUAUUUUGUGCAAUCUAAAAAACUGAUUGAUUAUUUGUAUUUAAUUAAUAUCAGGUCAUAUAAAUCUAUACCAAAUUGCACUUCUUUGAAUUUUUAGGUAUACAAAUUCAUGAUUAGUUUAGAAAAUUUCACAUUUUAAUUUACUAAUUUUAUUACUUUCAUUUACCCAUUUCAAAUUUUAAAUGCUUUCACAGUAAUUCAUUUAGGCAUGAAAGCUUGUUAUGUUGUCUCUUGAACUAUGAUAUAAAUCGACUUUCUUGGCGAAUGACCAAUGCACCAAUGAAUAUAAACUAAAAUUUAUAUCCGAUUAUGGAUAUAGAUUGUUUUUAUUCUCAUACCAAACAAGUAAGUUCCAAUUGCAAUCAGCAGACAGGAAAAGCUGAUUCUAAAUAUUUUCAAAUCACACAACUUCUAGAGUUCUCAAUUAAAUCUUUUCCGAGUUUACUAAUACAAAUCUUCAAAUCUUAGAAAUAGGGUUGCCUUAAACCCCAAAUUAAAUAUAUGAUAUAGAUUUAAAUACUUACCAGAUUAGUGCCAUAUAAUGUAAGCUUACUAGAUGAUGCACUAAACUAUAAUUUAGCUAGCACAAAUUGUAGAAGAAUUCUACUGUUGCUGUCUAUCCGAUGGAAAAUCCGUAUUGGUAUUUUAAAAAGAUAUAUAUGGUCGAAAAUGAAGACAUCGAACCAAAACAGCGAUGGUAAAUACACGUAAAAUAUUCCAAGUAUCUGAUCUGAAUGCGAACGAGCUAAGGCAGAUUUAUGAAAAGUUGCACAGCACAGCCUUCAAAAAUCUGCCUGGAUGAAAGCCUCUCUUUACGAGAAGUGCGACUGCAGGACUCUAAACCAGUUGAUUGAUGCUGCCGCCUGAAGCCACUAGACGAUAUAAUAUUAUCAGAUUUUAUGUAGAUCACCAACAUGCUUCGAUUACUCCAACCGCACAUUUCGCUAUUGUCAAGACUUUGUUAAA